GGGUGUGAGGGGGAGUGAGAAGAUGGGGUGUAAGAAUGGGGGUGUGAGGGGGAGUGAGAAGAUGGGGUGUAAGAAUGGGUGUAAGGAUGGGUGUAAGGAUGGGUGUAAGGAUGGGUGUAAGGAUGGGUGUAAGGAUGGGUGUAAGGAUGGGUGUAAGAAUGGGUGUAAGAAUGGGUGUAAGAAUGGGUGUAAGGAUGGGUGUAACAAAGAGGUGUAAGAAAGAGGUGUAAGAAAUGAGUGAGAAGAAGAUGGUGAGGGCACGUGAUAGAGGUUUGGACGUGGCAACAAACAAGGCGCCUGUAGAUUUGGGCUGUAGCCACCAAGGCAAGGUCCCAGUUGGGGCCUCACGGGGCCGGCGGACAUGGGCCGCUGCUCACGUGACUGCGCCGCUCCGGCCCGCCGCGCUUUCUAGAACCGCGCCCACGCUGCGUGUCGGUUUGGCCAGCAGCGCCGCGAACGGCCCAGUUGUGGGCCUUAUUUGGCUGAUCCCGUGGAUGGCCGAGGGUCUGUCUUUUGGUACACUUUCCGUCUUUUUUCUUUACUUCAUUUUCUUCACUUCAUUUUCUUUUUUCUUUUUCUUUUUUGUUUUGUUUUGUUUUGUAUUGUUCAUUUUCCCUAUCUUCCUUUUAUUCCUUGCAUUCUCUUCCCACCUUUGUUUACUCUCCCUCUCACUGUCGUUUACUCUCGCUGCUCACUCUUCUCUACUCACUCUCCUCCUGCCCCAUUGCCUCCUGCCCCAUUGCCUCCCUCCCUUUAAUGCUGGUACACCCUACCUUGUCUUCCUUUCCCUUCUUUUUUUCUGCUUCGUCCCGUCCUCUCCUUUUCUUGUCCUUUCCUUUCAUAAUUUUACUCUUCCUUUUUUCUCUUUUUCUCUUUUUCUCUUUUUCUCUUUUUCUCUUUUUCUCUUUUUCUCUUUUUCUCUUUUUCUCUUUUUCUCUUUUUCUCUUUUUCUCUUUUUCUCUUUUCCCUUUCCUUCCCCCUCCCUCACGUCUCCUCGCCCCCAGCCGGCCCCAGCCAGUGCGGCGCUUUGAGGCCUUGGCCCUGCGCUCAACCUGGCACCGUCACCCCACCCACACCGCGCCUGUAUGCACGCCCGCGCCAUUCCACCUUGCUGUGCUCACAGUCACGUCCAGCGCCCUUACCAUCAACCCAUACUUGAUAUCCAGCAGCCCAGCAAUUGCCUGGCGAUUUAGACCCCGUUCCUCCCGGCCGCCCGAAAUCACGUGCCGCCUCUGCCCAGCGAAUCGAAAACAGCCCCCGCUGCCCGUGCCGCCUUUUCCCCACAAGUGCCCCUGUUUGCAAGCGCCCUAGCACCCCCAAGUAGCUGGCGCUUCCACAAUCACAGGCGUUUCUGGAACACUAGCAUCCGACAGCCCGGCCGGCUUUUCGAACCCCGCAUCCGGACGCUUUUGU